AGCCCUCGGGACGCAGCUCACAGGGUCCUUGGCCACCGUGAAGAGGAGGUCGCCCUCGCGGUUGUACUUAAUCUGCGUGAUGGACCGCUCGUGGCCCUGCAGCAGGAUCGGCUUCUGUGGGGACAGGACGGGGGAAAAAAAGCAACGUGACUAGGACCGGAAGACGCUUUGGCUCCACUUCCGGUUUGUGGGUCUCCGCCCUUUCAUUCCCGGAAGUGGAAGGUGCGGCGUUGCCAUGGCGGCGUCUCUCGGGCAGGUGCUGGCUCUGGUGCUCGUGGCCGCGCUGUGGGGCGGCACCCAGCCGCUGCUGAAGCGGGCCUCCUCCCGCCUGCGGCACGUCCACGAGCGGACCUGGCUCCGGCAGUUGCUGCAGGAGAUGAAGACCCUCUUCCUCAAUAUUGAGUACCUGGUGCCCUUUUCCCUCAACCAGUGUGGCUCCCUUCUCUACUACUUCACCUUGGCAUCAACAGAUCUAACUCUAGCUGUGCCCAUCAGUAACUCCCUGUCCAUCGUCUUCACACUGAUUGUUGGAAAGAUCCUGGGAGAAGAUAUUGGUGGAAAACGUAAGUCAGGCCACUGAACAUUUGCAGGCAUGGUGCUCACCACGGCAGGAAUUACACUCUGCAUCACAAGCUCAGUGAGCAAGACCCAGGGACAACCGUCUGCCCUUUGAGUGGGCCAACGCCACCCUCCAGCUCUGCUCUCUCCAGGAAGCCCCUUGGGCCAUGAGGUGCAGGCGAUGGACCUAGCACUUCCAUCUUAGCCUCAGCUUCCUCAUCUCUUACGGGGAUAAUUACUACCUCGAGGAUCACACUAAGAGAACAAGAGUGAAAGGGUUUUGUAACAUUCAAGAGCUGUUCAACGGCUAGGAUUUAGCACAAGAAACUUCACACUCAACCUCAACAACCUUUGGGCCCCAGCAGCUCUCUUCCUGCUGUCACAUGAGUCCCCCAGCCCGGCAGCUGUCACUAUGGUCUGUUCUGACUCUCACAGCAGCAGGGUCAACGGACUUCAGAGCCCCAGCUGCAUUGAAAGGGCCAGCUCUAGUCUUUAAGCCAGAAAUGCAAGCAGGAGGCCUCCAGGACUCAGAACGCCUUGGCUACCAGCAGAGGGGAGGGAGGUGCCUCAGAAUGGCAGAUGUAGGGGAGAUAAGCUGUCUGUUAGCCUUGCAUGUCUGCCCCUCUCAAAUAGAUAAGACACCUGUGAGCCCCAGCACUGCCUAACCAGCGUUUGGCGUAAUGCCUGGCGAGUAGUAGCCCGUAAUAAAUCUAUAGUAAACAGA